GUCUCCUCCCCACCCGCGAGGACCUGAAUUUGAGACAGCCUAGGUGUCUAGGAAUACGACAAAGGCUGCCAGUCUGCAUUGAAACGAGGGAUGGUCUAACGUAAAGAGCGAAAGAGGCAGACAGACACCGGCUGCAGCCCAUCCGCCCCAUCCAGAUCCAGCACAGCAGAGCACAUGAUUCUCUUCUGCUCUUAAAACCAUCAUAGCAUCCUCUGGAAGAGAUGACAAGCCAUUAGAUGUGUGCUUUCAUAUCGACUGUGCUCAUCGGAUACACGCGCACAAAGAUACUACAGCCCCGGGUGUUGACAUGGAGCUGGAGCAUUUCGACGAACGGGACAAAGCACAAAGAUACAGCCGUGGGGGUUCACGUGCGAACGGCCUGCCGAGCCCCACGCACAGCGCCCACUGCAGCCUGUACCGAACCCGGACCCUACAGGCUCUGAGCUCCGAGAAGAAAGCCAAAAGGGUCCGGUUCUACCGCAAUGGAGACCGGUACUUCAAGGGGAUUGUGUACGCUAUUUCCAACGAAAGAUUCAGGUCUUUCGAUGCUCUGCUCUCAGACCUCACCCGCUCCCUAUCAGAUAAUGCAAAUCUGCCUCAAGGCGUCCGGACCAUUUAUACCAUUGACGGGUCGAGGAUUACCAGCAUGGAUCAGCUGGUGGAAGGGGAGAGUUAUGUAUGUGGAUCAAUUGAGCCUUACAAGGAUCUGGAAUACACUAAGAACGUCAACCCCAACUGGUCAGUCAACGUCAGGACCGCACCAUCGGCACGAGCGCCCACCUCUCUGGCCAGCGCCAAGGCUGGUUCUAUGGAAACCAAGGAUAACAAGGAUUUCAUCCGACCCAAACUGGUGACCAUAAUCCGCAGUGGGGUAAAGCCUCGGAAAGCCGUGCGUAUCCUUCUCAACAAGAAGACGGCCCACUCGUUUGAGCAGGUUCUCACUGAUAUCACAGAUGCCAUCAAACUGGACUCUGGAGUGGUCAAGAGGCUUUAUACGGUGGAUGGUAAAAUGGUGACAUGCCUUCAGGACUUCUUUGGCGAAGAUGAUAUAUUUAUUGCCUGCGGCCCCGAGAAGUUCCGCUACCAGGAUGACUUCCUGUUGGAUGAGAGUGAAUGCAGGGUGGUGAAGUCGCAGUCCUUUGGCCGUAUUUCUUCCAUGCAGGGCCGCUGCUCUCCCCACAGUGGUGGACCGUCAAGAAGGAGCAAGUCCCCUGGUUCCAGCAGCUCAGCUAACGGAACAGCAGGUAGUCAGCUGUCGACCCCACGGUCAGGCAAAUCCCCCAGUCCAUCUCCCACCAGUCCAGCCAGUCUGAGGAGACGAAGGGGCUCUCAGCACAGUGGCUCCUCCCUCUCUCUGGCCUCUACCAAGGUGUGCAGCUCCAUGGAUGAGGGCGAUGGGCCGGGCAGUGAAGCUGAGCUGAUGGAGGAUUGUCCUCAGGUUCCUGCUUCCAUAGCCGAGAGGUACAAGGUGGGACGAAUGAUUGGCGAUGGGAACUUCGCUGUGGUCCGAGAGUGUGUGGAGAGAUCCACAGGCCGAGAGUACGCUCUGAAGAUCAUUAACAAGAGCAAAUGCAGAGGGAAGGAACACAUGAUCCAGAAUGAGGUGUCCAUUCUUCGGAGAGUGAAGCAUCCUAAUAUUGUUCUGCUGAUUGAAGAAAUGGACACAUAUAGUGAACUCUACAUGGUCAUGGAGCUUGUCAAGGGUGGCGACCUCUUUGAUGCCAUCACCUCCUCCAACAAAUACACAGAGCGGGACGCCAGCGGGAUGCUGUAUAACCUCGCCAGCGCUAUCAAAUAUCUGCACAGCCUUAACAUUGUUCACCGUGACAUCAAACCUGAGAAUCUUCUGGUCUAUGAGCACCAGGAUAAAAGCAAAUCCCUGAAACUGGGGGAUUUCGGAUUGGCAACAGUUGUGGACGGACCACUUUACAUUAUAUGUGGCACCCCAACCUAUGUAGCUCCAGAGAUCGUCGCAGAGACGGGGUAUGGAUUGAAAGUUGAUAUCUGGGCGGCCGGGGUCAUAACAUACAUAUUGCUUUGCGGCUUCCCUCCUUUCCGUGGGAGCACAGAUGACCAGGAAGCUUUUUUUGACCAGAUUCUCAUGGGACAGCUGGAUUUCCCUCUUCCAUACUGGGACAAUGUUUCUGACUCUGCAAAGGCACUUAUUACCUGCAUGCUACAGGUGGAGGUCGACCAGAGAUACACAGCUCUACAGGUGUUAGACCAUCCCUGGGUCAAUGAUGACAGGAUGUGUGAGAAUCAGCACCAGCUGUCUGUGGCCGGCAAGAUUAAGAAACAUUUCAACAUGGGGCCCAAACCCAACAACACCACAGCAGGAGUCACUGUCAUAGCAACCACCCCUCUUGAUAAGGAGAGGCAGGUUUUCAGACGAAGACGCCACCAGGAUGUGAAAGCGGCUGCUCCCCGCUGCACCCAGAGCACCUUCCCCUCCAGCGCCGCCACCGGGUUCAUCUCAGAGUCAGAGGACAUUUCCCCCAGCUCGGCCGAGACGGUCCGCUCUCCCACAUCACCGUUUUAAGCCCAAACCCGGUCUUGGCAGGAACCAAUGGAAAAUUAUCUAGAAAUAAAGGUAAAUUGACUUGUGAAUAGCGAAUGAUAACAGUUUUGAAUAGGAACGUUUGUUACAUGGAGCAGAUGUGAUUAACUAGGACUGGAUGGGCUGGUUUAGUGAGGGGUGUAAAAAUAAUCUCACACUCUUAGCAGUAUUCAUCCGAAAUGAGAAGCCCUUGUCAUUGUUUAAGAGUUUUCUCUUCAUCAACUACAUUUGGUGCUAUAAGAGGUUUUGUUUGUAGACCAUCCUAUCAGUAAACCGCCUCUCUUUUGCGCCCUCUAGUGUUCGAUAGAAAGUAAUGCAGCCAAACCUCCCACUCUGUUUCGUUAUCACACACAUGGCUGUCUGUUUCUACCUAUAAUAAACCUGAGAUGUCUUAGCAUUUUUCUUU